UGUUCCGUAGAAUUAUGGAAAUAUAUAAUGUUGAUUUGAUAGUAAUUUAGGGUAUGAUUUAACUUAGGAAUAAAUUGGUAAUCUUUUACUUUUAUAUGAUAUUUAUAUAUUAAAUAUUGAUACUUUUACUUAAGUAUGAUUGAUAUGGAGGAUCAUAUAAAAAUAGUUAAAAAUAUUUUCUUAGACAGAAACUAAUAAUCUAGUCCUAUUUAUAGUCUCUAAUUUAUUUGGUACAAAAUUUCGGAAAACUGCAUAUUAAAACGAAUUUUGAUAUAAAUCAGAAAAUAAUCAAAAUUAGUGAGGUAGCAUUCUAAAUGAGGAUUGCUUAUUUUGGUAUUAGAUAUAUCAUAUAUGAUGUGAUAUGAAAGUUUUCAGUGUAUAUAUAUACCAGUAACUUUUUUCAAGCCAAAUAAGUUGAUUAAGAAGAAAAAUGGAGAGCAAAUGGAGUGUGGUGAUGAUGGUGUACUUCGUUUUUGUGGUGAUUGCUGCCAUUGGAGGAGAAGCAGAAGAUCAUCUUUCAUGUGAAACGAAAUGUGCAAUCACCUGCAAAGAUUCGAUGUUCCCUAAAAAAUGCUCAACCAAGUGUUUGGAAAGUUGUAGACGUUAUCCACCUACUCAACUUCACACUCGCAUGAUGGCUGCUGCCAUUGAAGGAGAAGUGAGUCUUGGAUGUAGCUUUAAAUGUGAAAUACACUGCAAAACUCCGAUCCCAACUACAGCUUGCUUCAAACGGUGCAUUAGAGAGCGCUGCGAGCAUCUUCCACCUACUAGUACCUUUCACUCAACUUCACACUCGCCAAUGAUGACUAGAGGGAUGGAAGAAAUGAGAGGCUAAAGAUCAUUUCAAGAGUUGUCAUAGUAUAAUAUGUCCUUUCCUUUUCUUUCUAUAUGAGAAAAGAAGAUUUAAAUAAGAUGAAGAAGAAUA